GGUACUUCUGGCCCGGCCGCCCUGCCGCCCUGCCGUUGCCCGGCGCCGGCCCUUCGCGUCCUUAUAAAAGGCCCUCGGCGUGCCAAACCGCCACAGUCCGGCCGCCACUUCAGUCCGCGCAGCAACAACCCGCUAGCCCCGCACCACCAUGAUCUGCAGAAUCGUCGCCGUCCUCGCCACGCUGGCCCUGGUGGCCGCGGCGCCGUCGUACGUGCCCUCGUACGUGUCGCCCUACGCCGCCGCGCCCUACGCCGUCUCGCCCUACGCCGCCUCGUCCUACGCAGCCGCGCCGCUCGCCUACAGCAGCUACCCCGUGGUGAAGUCGGCCUACAGCCCCUACGCCUACAGCGCCUACAGCGCCUACAGCAGCUACCCGGCCGUCUCCUCGGCGGGAGUCUACCCCUACGCCUACGCCCCGCACCACGCCUCCCUCGUCUACGUCUGAAUAGGCAGAUCUACUAGGGAAGGCGUUUGUGGAAGGUGAUCUCUCCUGUGAAGUACAAACACACAAGAGCACCCGCAAGGAAAGGAAAGCGCUCGUUUCGCAGAAUAAAAUUGUUUUGCAUUUCUGCUUGAAAUGUACCGCCUCCCAAACAGGCACGAUUAGAGAGCACGUUGUGAUGGUUCUAAAAGAAUGUAAAGGGUUUCCGAUUUGGACCUGAGUGGAUAUGUAAGAGACUACGUGUUCUCUAAUCGUGCACAGAAAAAAUAGGCUGCCUUGUCAUUCUUAUGACUUGUGUGAUUCAAUGCAAUAAAAACGCAUUAUUUAUUUGAUA